GCCACCAGCGGCUAAGUGUAAUAAGACGGUCCUCUUCUUCUCUCUAUCUCGUCGGAGAGAAAGAUGUCCGUACCCGCGCGCCAAAGGUGGGUUCAACAUCACACAUGGUCACUUCUACUAGAGAGAGAGAAAGAACAAGAGAGAGGGAGAUCUCAGAGAGAAGAAGCCGGAAACUAAAGGGAAGACAUCUCGAAUAGAGACGCACAGAUGAAAAAAAGAAUGUCGCAAGCAGAAGCGCAUGAGAGAGACGGCGAUAGCACGAAAAUGGUGACGAGAGAGAGCCACAGCAGCGAUGUGCCCUUCAAAUUCAAAUUCAAUGCUCAAGCGGCCGAGUUCGUGCCCAGAUCGCACACCCAGAUGCCCAAUCUCUCUGGCUAUUACUAUCCCUGCUUUCAGUUGUUUAAUGGGUCUAGUGCAGGAUCUGAGUGGUUCUACUUUGGGGACCAGAUAGAGCCAUCCAAUUACUCCAUUCCCAACAUCAACUUGAUGCCUUCUCAUUGUCCCAAGAAUGGUCUCAGUGAUGACCUUCAAAAGAAAAUCAUCAAACAGGUUGAAUAUCUGUUUAGCAGCAUGAGCUUGCUCUCCAAUGACUUCAUUGCUAAACAUGUAAGCAAAGAUCCUGAAGGUUAUGUUUCAAUAUCAAUAAUUGCUUCAACAAAGAAAAUCAAAUCCCUAGUAAUCAACAAUCAGUUGCUCGCACAAGCAUUGCGGUCCUCUCCAAAUCUCGCUGUCAGCAGUGAUGGAAAGAGAGUUAGACGUCGAUUACCUUUCACUGAAAAGGAAAAAGAAGAAUUGCAGUCUCGCACCGUUGUCGUGGAGAAUUUGCCUGAAGAUCACUCUUAUCAUAAUCUAGAAAAGAUAUUCAGCGCAGCAGGAAGUGUUAAAAACAUUCGAAUAUGCCAUCCCCAAGAAUCGAAUUCUUCCCGCCCCAAAGGCGACCUCUUUAUUCGUAACAAGCUUCACGCUCUGAUAGAAUAUGACAGCAUUGAGACUGCGGAAAUGGCGGUUGAGAAGUUAAACGACGAAAGGGACUGGAGGAAAGGACUUCGAGUCAGAUUACUUCUUCGGCGCACGCCAAAAUCUGUCUUGAAGAAUAGAAAGUUUGAUUUCAAUUCAAUUCUAGACGAAGACGAGGGACUACUUUCUGAUCCUACAGACGAUUUGCAACCAAGCGACGCAGAACUCUCUCUUGAGGCUAAUGCGGAAGAAUAUGCAGCAGGGUCGAAAAAGGGAUGGGCUAGGGGCCGUGGAAAGUCGAGGGGACGCGCUCAAACCUACAAUGCUCACGGAGUUCUUGCUCCUUCACCGCAGGCAGGCAACACAAUCACCUUCCAGUCUGAAGCUAUGUCGAAGCAGAUGUCAAAGGGCCCGAGAAUGCCGGACGGCACGAGGGGCUUUACCAUGGGGCGAGGGAAGCCAAUCCCUUUUCAAUUGAUUGAUUGGGAUACGUAUCACAAGGAGAUGGCGUUAGGUUACUAUUGCGGCUCAAACAACUAG